CCAUUAUAAUGUGAUCAUUUACAGGACGAUACCACACAGACGAACACCAUGUGGGUGACACUGUUUGUCUCUGUCGUUGUUUGUGUUUUGCUUAUGAAGGUCUGCGAUGCCGCAGUCAGUAAACCGGAAGUAGUAUAUAGCUGGCCAAUGCUUGAGUUCGACUGGAGAAGCGAGAACCAAAAACAAGAGUUUAUUGCCGACAGCAGGUAUAUUCCCGAAAACAAUCCGUUCACAGGAAUUAAGAUAUAUAAAAACAAAACUUACAUAAAUGUUCCAAGAUGGCGCCUAGGAGUUCCGUCUACGUUAAAUGUUGUUGUCGAGAAAAAUGGAAAACCUCUUCUUCAGCCUUACCCGAGCUGGGAAAUGCAAAGUCUAAGUGGCGAUUGUAAUACAUUUAAGUUCGUACAGAGUAUGGAGAUUGAUCCAAACACAGGACUCAUGUGGAUCAUCGACACCGGACGUAUAAACAUUUUCCCAGCUUCCACUGGAUCUCAAGACGCACAGAAUCUUUGCCCGGCAAAACUCAUCAUAUACGAUCUCAACAAAAACGUUACUGUUCUGAAGUACGAGUUUCCGGAAAAUGUCGUAAACUCAACUACGACAUUUCUCAAUGAUAUUAUUUUGGAUUAUGUUGAUGGCGAGGCUAGAUUUGCUUAUAUCACAGAUACUUUCGAUUUUAAAAUAAUUGUCUAUGACCGGAAGCAGAAUAGAUCAUACUUUAUCCAAGAUCUUCCGUCAAUGUCUCCUGAAAGUCCAACAGCCGGUGAUAUCACUGUGGGAAAUAUAAGCUUAUCGGUGGGCGUUCUCGGGAUCAACGGAAUAGCCAUGUCGCCAGAUUUCAAAUACGUAUACUACGGACCAGUGGCAGGGGUUGGACUUCAUCAAGUUCCGACAUCUCUUUUGCGAAAUUAUGAAAGCAGCACUGCUACGUCAUAUCCGGAAAUAAGAAAAGUUGGCGAUAAGUUUACCCAAUCAGAUGGUAUGUUAGCUACACAGGCCGGGCGAAUAUACUUCCCGGCCUUGUCCGUAAACGCCCUAUGGAGAUGGGACAUGAGAAAGGACCGAUUAGCCCAGGGUGUUUCCGAAGAAGACGUCAUCAUGGAAACGCAAGAAGAAGUUGUCAGAAAUGACGACACAAUGCAAUGGAUUGAUACUUUAGGAAUUGACGAAUAUGGCUGUAUUUGGUUUACCGCUCCGGCUGUACAGCGCUGGAUGACAGGGAACAUGGAUCUGUCGGGUGCGAGCGGCGACAACUUCUAUAUAUGGAAAGUGUGCGUUGGAGAACUAGGGUACCUCCAGAACGCUGAUGUUACUACAAAGGACGUGGCAAACGAUGGGAAUUCCCCGGUGGGAUUGAUGUCUAUAUUUGUCACGUUGAUGCAUAUAUUGAAGCGCUUCUUUCGGCAUUUAGUUUAAUUUUUUUUGUUAUUUAUUGUUUUCAUUCACACAUGGCAUAAAUGAUAGGGGCUUUUUUUUCUGUCGAUAUUUUCAAAUUUCGUCCCAAACAAAUAAGUUUUAAAAUAUCGUGCAAAAUGUAUAUUUUUGUCAACUUUCAUUUUGGAAAAAAACAUAUUCCAUUGUAAUAUUUAAAUGUUUAACUUGUGUUUUAUAACUGUUUGAUCUUUUACAUUUUCUACGACAAUUUUAAUUAAACAACUUUUUUUGAUUGACGUCUGUUUUUAGUCAUUGUAUCUUUACGUGCUUACUUUUAGAAAUAGUGCGCAUUCUCAUUUGUUCUGUCUUUUGUGUACUUUGAAAUUAUCUAUCAAUUAUUGACCUUUGGUGAGGUCAAUGUGGUGUUAUACCAACCUGGUAGAAUAAAAUUAUACCGAGGACAAAGCAGUCCGAAACUAA